CGUAAAAUGUUACAAGCGGUACUGAUUUUCGUGGGCGUAAGCAACUUGCCACCUGACAUAAAUUGAGUCGACACUUUUUCAUAUUUUGUAAAAAAUGGAUCUAAGUGGCAAGUUGAUCAUUAAAGCUCAGCUUGGUGAAGAUAUAAGAAGGAUUCCCAUACAUAAUGAAGACAUAACUUAUGAUGAACUAAUGUUGAUGAUGCAGAGAGUUUACAGGGGAAAACUGAAAAAUAGUGAUGAUAUCACUAUAAAAUAUAAAGACGAAGAUAAUGAUCUGAUUACAAUCUUUGAUGAUUCAGAUUUAUCAUUUGCUAUACAGUGCAGCAGAAUACUUAAAAUUACAUUGUUUGUAAAUGGAUUGCCGCAGCCCUUGGAGAGCAACCAGAUAAAACACCUGAAAACUGAAUUACGGCACAUUAGAGACCGUGUUGUACAGAUCAUAGAUACAUUAGAACCUCAGUCUGAUAUCACUAGCUCUGUAGAUACAGUUUCUAAAGAAGAACCGAUGGUUACAGAGAGUACUCGGCAAGUCACACAGCCAACACAGGCAAGGCCCACCAACUCUGCCCAGGGCAAAGAAUUUGACCCCCUGUCAUCACAGAAAGUUACAGAAGAUAAAGUUAUGUCAUCAUUUGGAAUAAGUUCUCAAACAGAAAGGCCAGGUACUCCUGAUAGCAUCAAUUCUGUUGGCUCCGCUUCUAGCACCAACCAAAGACAACAGCAGUCCACACCCUCAACACCACAACACAUGCCACCUCCCCAACAGCCUUUGGCACAACCACCAUCACAACAGCCCGCCCAAGGCUUCCAACCUGUUCAACCACAACAACAAACACAACAACAUCCAGGACAACCUGGCUUCCCACAACAACAACAGCAAAUGUAUUCUGGACAACAAGAUCAAAGACAACAAAUACCUGGACAGCAACAACAGGGAUAUGGAGUACCAGGACAGCCUCCAACUUCACAACCACAAAGAUUCCCCAGCCCUCAACAGCCCCAAGCACAACCACCUAUGUCAGUUCCUGGUCAGCCAGGUUUCCAAGGACAACCUCAACAGAAUCCACAACAACCCAAUCAGACACAACAGCAACAACAACAGUAUGGGUAUUAUGGACAACCGAAUCCACAACAGCAACAACAGACUCCACAGAUAUCACAGGCUCCCUGGAAUCAGCAACAACCACAGAAUGUGUACCAAGGUUAUGCUGGACAACCACAAGCCCAGCCUGGUGCCAUGCCAGGUGGAUCACCGUCUGGUACCCCAGGGACAGGUAGUCCAAACCCAUACUCUAGAGGGCCAGGUUCUGGAUAUGGAGGAGGAUAUCCCAAGCCAUCACAGGGCUACCCAACUACACCACAAGGAUAUAAAUGAAAUUGAUGUUGUUAGGAAUUUUCAAAUUGACCAAAAAUAUUUAUCUGUUAUUGAUCAUUCAUGGACAACUGGUUGUGGUAAAGUUGCUGAUUUAGCAGAAAAGAUGAUGUUGAUGUUUAUUAGCCUGAGGCUGUGCCUAUCUUCCAUCAACCAGUCAAUUCCCUUUUUCUUUUCUAUACUGUCUAUAUACACACAGCAUUUGUUCAUUUAUUUCAUAUCAUUAUAUGAGACCGCAAAACUGGACAAUUGACAGACUUCAUUAUAGCAAUAUUAAAAGAGAGCACUUUUUCUUAUUUACUUAUGCUUAUUUAUAAUGAGCCAUUUUUUAUCUAUCAUAUAGACUGAUAUAAAUGUAUUCUAAUUUAAAAAACAAAUAGCUUUUUGCUAUUGCUUCAACUGAAUCAAAGUUGUCUUAGAAUUUCAUUAUUAGAUGUUGUUAUUAUAUAAAAAAAAAAUUCCUAACAUGAAGCUUAAUGUUUGUUCAAUGUGUUCUUUGUUUUCUCCCCUAGCUGAACAAAGAGUCUGUCUUUGAAUUUUAUAAAUGUGCAAUACUUUCUAUAUGUCUGCUGUAUAAUUGGAUAAAUACUGAGGAUUCAUUAAUAUUCAUGAGAUACCAGUUGUCAUGGAUUGCAUUGGUAUAGGUGGACCACAAAUUUAGAUAUUCAAUAAAGUACAAAUCUUCUAUAGGCAUCAGACUUGGACAAAACCAUGAAAUCAAAUACAAUGUAUCCACGAAAAUAUAAUGUUUCCUCAAUCCACGAAAAUUGGCACCCACAGAAAUAAAUGAAUCUGCAGUAGUAUAUGUAUAUAUGUUAUAACAGUGGCUUUGAAAAGUGAAAACAAGUAAAGUAAAUGAAAUCAAGAGUAAAAUGUAGUUAAAAACUUUUUAUUUCUGUCUUUUUUUUAAUUUUUGUUGAAUAAUUCUAUGUCAUUGGUUUUUUUUUGUUUUUUUGUUUGUUUUUUUUAAGAUUUUGAUGAUUACACAAAAUCUUUUAUCCUUAUCUUCUGAAGAAAAAAAAUGGACUUGUGUAUAUAGAAAAUUUUCUAAAAACAGAAAAAAUAAAACACUAGUUUGCCUGUUAGAAAUGUUCUACAAAAUGUGAUCAUAAUUUUGUCUAGAUCAUUUAAUGUCAAUUAAGAAUUUAAUUAUCUUAAAUAUUUGGACUUGAACACCACUGUUGGAUUGUUGUCUCUUUACAAAACUUUUCAUAUCAUUGCAUUUUGUUUUUGAGUAUGUAAUUUCCUAAUACUGGUAGUCUUAUUUUUGGUUACUUUAGAAAAUAAUUAUGUUUACAGAACAAAUGAAAACUGUUUAAAAGAAGUAUUGUAUCCUUUAUAAAUUCCUGAGAAUUGGAUAAUUAGAAAUAUCAUAAAAGCCAAAUACUGUAGUGUAUCAGGAAUGUAAACUGUUUUAUUAUAUAAUUUGAGACUAUUAAAGUGUACACUUACUUU